AUGGCGGACCAUGUUUUACAAGCUCGGAUUUUAACUGGUGCGCGAGUUGGUAAGAUAGUUUUCAUACCUAGGAUGUUGAUAUCACCAUCAGAUUCUAUGUUGCCUUUCAAAAUGCGUAGAAGACAGUUCUCAGUCUCAGUUGCUUUUGCAAUGACUAUCAAUAAGAGCCAAGGCCGAUCUCUUGAAAAUGUUGGGAUAUACUUGCCUAGACCCGUUUUCUCACAUGGUCAGUUAUAUGUAGCAAUUUCAAGGGUUAAAUCAAAGUCUGGAUUGAAGAUGUUGAUAACAGAUAGUGAGGGAAAACCUCAAACAAAGACAACCAAUGUUGUUUUUAAAGAAGUUUUCCAAAAUCACCAUUAG